UCUCUUCGGAUCAUAGAGCUCAAAAUUUUCUGUACACUGUCGAUGGCAAUUCAAAGACAACACUGAAAAAUAUAUACCAUUUUAUUGUAAAAGAUAUACUAUUUUAUCAUAUCUUCAUAACAGAUGGACGCAUUACCCGUCCCUGAGCUUCACUUGUUGAAGUGUAGGAAGAGCAUUGCCAAGAAUUCAACAACAAAACAAAUUGCAUCCAAGAAACAUGUGAACAAGGAGGACAUCGAUCACUGGAGGAAGCAAGUGGAGAAGGCAUCGGAGUUCGCCUUGUCCGAGGUCUUCUUCCCCAGGAGAGCCCACACGGGAAGCAAAAGCCUGGCCACGGCCCUGCGGAGCUGGGAGCAGCUGAGGGAUCACGAUGACGCUUACGCCGAAGCUCAGGCCCUGUUGGGAGACUGGAUGGACAGGACGUGGAAGCCGGAGCUGGUGACACACGGCCUGACGCACGAUAAGGGGAGCCCGGCCACGCCGCCGCCCCCUGGCUUCAACUAUAACAACUUCAAUGAUCUGUACGACCACCUGGCCCAGGAAGAGGAGAACCGUGCCGUCGACAACUUCCUGCGAGACCUGAAGGAGCGGGAAGUGUUGGACGGAGGGAUGAUGGAGAAGCUGGCGUCGGACGGCAGAGAAACCAUCAGGACCUUCGCAGACCCAGUCAUCACCAUGGAGGUUCGGCAUCAGCAGGUGCGUGAGAACAGGGCCCUGUGCGAGGAGGAGGCCAGGAGGAGGCGAGAGCUGGAGCAGGAGGAGAGGAAGAGGCAGGAGGCCACAAGGAGGCAGCAGGAGAGGGUGCAACAGGCGAUUGUCAGGAUGCGGAGGCAGAGGGAGGAGAGGAAAGGCCUGGAACAGCGGCUCAGAUACAGGGAAAAAAUGGAACGUCUCCGAGCGGCCAAAAGCCUCCAGGCAGCUCCUCCGUCUCCUGCGGUGCAGCGGAGGCCGUCAGAGGAGAACGUGGAACGGAAUGAAGAAAAAAAAGUGGAAAUCUUUGUUCACCUGCGUAACCUGAAGUGUCUCCAGAAAUAUUUCUCACGUUGGUACUCGGCGGUGAUGGAGCAAAGGCUCCGUGCGGGUAAGGCCAAGGCGCUGUGCGACUGGAGGAGGCAGCUUGGGGCCUGGCGAGCGUGGCGCGCCGCCGUGUGGGCGGGACGGAAUCGGCGGGAGGUGUCGAGGACCGAGGAGACGCUCCGCACUGAAAACAGACAACAGCAGGUGGCCGAGGAGAGCGACCGGAGGCGGUUGCUACGGCGAUGCCUGCACGAAUGGCAGCUGUGGUGCCGGCAGGAGCGCGACCAACGCGAGCUUCUGGCCCAGCAGCGGGAGACCCGCCGCAAGAUGGCCGCCUUGAUCAGCGCAGCGGCGUCGGGCCAGUUCAAACCCCCACAGAUCCCGACCAGCGACCCCUCCGAGAGCGCGGGGAAGAAGCCCAUCAUUCCGCGCCAUCGUAAAACCCGCGCGGGUCCUCGGCCUCAACCGGGCACCCGCGAGGAAGCGGUCGCCGCCGCAGAGGCCCAGCUCGGAGACGACGACGACGACGCAGACGGGGCUGAAUGCGACGGCGACUUAACCGGGCCGAAGGCGAAGAGCUUGCACGGGAGCCGCUUCGAAAACCGUCACGCCGCCCAGAAGAAGAUCAUCGCGCGGCAGAGGCGGCAGCUCAAGGAGCAACAGGAGGAGAUCGCAAAGCUCAAGCGGGACAAGGUCAUGAUCGCCUGGGACCUGAAGAACGCGGCGUCCAGACAGGCGCCACGGCAAAGUGCCCCGACUGAACCGGCUGAAUCCGACAACCCCGGCGCACCCCAGAGGCAAAACCUAAAACCGCACACGUGCCCAAUCAUCUCGGCCAUGGAGGAGCGGGCCCGGGUCCGCGCCGAGCGGAAGAAGCAAAAUGAAGAACUCAAAAGGGUGAAGGAAGAGGAAAAACAGGCCGAGAUCAAGGCUGCCGAGGAGCAGAAACUGAGGGAGGAGGAGGCGGAGAAAGCCCAGAAGCGGGAGGAGAGAAUGCUGGCCAGGAUGAAGAAAGAGGAGAAAUUGAUGCAAAUGAAACAGCAGCAGCAACUCCUGGAUCGGGCCUGUCAGCACUACAACAGAAGAGUCCUACGUCAUCGAGGCCUGGCGCCAUGGAAACGCCUAAUAGGGCUCAAGGAGGCCAACGCAGAGCUCGCCGAGAGUCACCACCUGGCCUCCCUCCUGAGGCGAUGCGCUCUGCAAUGGCGCCGGUCCGCCAGAGAAGCUCUGUCUGAGAAGGAGGCCCGCGCUGACCGACUGCACCGGCGAUUCCUGCUCCGGAGGAGCUUAAGCUACUGGAAAAGACUGGAAGACCUGCGGUUACGUCAGGAGGAACAAGCAGACGUCUUCUGCCGGGCCCGCACGCUGAGGAGGUUCCUGCGGGCUCUGCUGGACCACAUGAGCCAGGAGAAGAGGCUGGCGCUGGAACAUGAGGAGAUGGCCGAGUGGCACCGCGAAAGAGCGGCCCAACGGCGGUGCUUCCAAGCCUGGAGGCUCCUUCCGUGUCUGCAGCGGAAGGAGAGGGAGCGCGAGGAGCGGCGGGAGAGGCUUUGCAGGAAGGUGGCUGAGGUGCUGCCCACUUUCUGGUCACGUCCUCUGUGAAAAAAAAAGCCCGGCGGGCUGAGGAAGUCGCAGACGCCUCGGCCGCGCGGCACGUCGUCAAUCAUUUAUUGAGAAGUAAAUAACGGACACGCUGUCGAAGCCGUACAAUGUCAGGGAGUCCCAAGUGGUGUUGCAUCAACCGUAGAGAGACAACGAAGAAUCUUCAAUUUUUUUUUUUCGGGGGGUCAAAACUGACAUUCUUCUCAACAUUGUCCUUCUUUCCUUUAGUAUACUAGGACAUGGAUCUUAAUUACAAAAUGAAGCAAAAGUUGUGUAGCAACAGCCUAAAGUUGUUUGUAGUUUCCACAUAGUGUGCGUGUUACCAACUUGUUACGACUUGUGCUGUCUGAUUGAAGUUAUUGUUAUUAUAUUGUUGUUCCUUUCUUCAAUGUGCUAGUGAUGGCAGUUUUCGCAACAAGUCUUGAAUCGCUAGAUUCAUCCAUCCAUUUUCUUUUGCCACUUAUCCUCACAAGGGUCACGGGGGGCGAUGGAGCCCAUCACAGCUGUCAACGGGCAGGAGGAGAGGUACACCCUGAACCGGUUGCCGGCCAAUUGGAGGGCACGUCGAGACAAACAGCUGCACUCGGCAAUCACACCUAUGGGCAAUUUAGAGUGUCCAAUUAAUGUUGGGCGGCACGGUGGGCUCAGCUGGUAAAGCGUUGGCCUCACAGUUCUAAGGACCCGGGUUCGAUACCGGCCCCGCCUGUGUGGAGUUUGCACGUUCUCCCCGUGCCUGCGUGGGUUUUCUCCGGUUUCCUCCCACAUCCCAAAAACAUGCAACAAACCAGUUCAGGGUUUACCCUGCCUCCUGCCCGUUGACAGCAGGGGUAGGCUCCAGCACUCCACGCGACCCUCGUGAGGAUAAGCGGUAAAGAAACUGGAUGGAUGGAAUUAAUGCUGCAUGUUUUUGGGAUGUGGGAGGAGUGCUACAGGAGUGCCUGGAAAGAACCCACGCAGGCACGGGGAGAACAUGCAAACCCCACACAGGUGGGGGCAGGAUCGAACCCGGGUCCUCAGAACUGUGAGGCCAACACUUUCCCAGCUGAGCCACCGUGCCGCCCUCGCUAGAAUCAAUUCGGCCCCGAGGUUCAACUAUACUGACGGUUCCCUCCAUCUCUUCCACAGAGUGGUCAAGCAUCUCGAAUUUUCCCACAACUGAUUUACGAGUCAUCAAUAAACGCGACGUGUUUUUGCAAAAUAGGAUGAGAUCCAGAAUGUAAUUAUUCAUAUA